AUGGUGGUUCGAUCCCCUGCCAGCGCGUCGGCGGUCGCGGGCGGGGCAGGCGACGGCCCCGCGCCGCCCCGCGCGGCGCUCGACGGGGUGGUGGGCCUCAAGGGCAAGGCCAAGGCCGCGCCCGUGCUGAAGGCCUGGGCUGUUGGGGCGGCGCAGGGCGAGCAGGACCCCAUGACGGCAGCGACGGCGACGAGGGAGAUGGCCACGAGCGUCUGCCUCGAAGACUACCCGCUCCCGUACUGCGCCGGGCGGUGGCCCACGGAGUACCCGACUUCCGGGGGCUUCCCCGAGGGCUUCGUGUGGGGCGUGGGCACCGCCGCGUACCAGGUCGAGGGGGCCUACCGCGAGGAUGGGCGUGGCGCCUCGGUCUGGGACGUCUUCACCGGCGCGGACACGGUGGGCAUGCCCGGGGCGGACUGCAGCUACUGCUGCAGGAGCGCGCCGUGCGAGCCCGCGGCCGGCAUGCAGAGCGCAGGCUCUACUGGCAAUGUAGCCGACGACCAUUACCACAUGUGGCGGAGUGAUGUUGCCCUCAUGCGGGCCAUGGGUCUGAAGCACUACCGAUUCAGCAUAUCCUGGCCUAGGCUGAUCCCCACGGGCAGGAUAGAGGAUGGGAUCAACGAGAAGGGUUUGAUGUGGUACCACAACCUUAUCGACGGCUUGCUAGCUGCGGGCAUCACUCCGUAUGUCACGCUUUUCCAUUGGGACCUCCCGCAGGGCCUUCUUGACCCAGCAAUGAACAAGUCAGCAUGGUGGUCGAGAGAUGAGAACGGUGUGCCCGACGGCCAGAUAACUGAUGCGUACGUGGCGUUCGCAGACCUCUGCUUCGCAUCGUUCGGUGACAAGGUCAAGUGGUGGUUCACUUUCAACGAGCCUUGGACCGACCUAUGGGUCGGCAUCCAGGACGGCCUGUUCAGCGACCAUGGCAGAGACCCGUGGAUUGGUGGUCAUAACGUGUUGGUCGCCCACGCUGCGGCCGUGGAACGUUACCGCACUGCGUACCAGCCUGCGCAGGGCGGGCGCAUCGGGAUCGUUCUCAACAGCGAGUGGGCGGAGCCCAAGACGCUCGAGGCCGCCAGCGUCGAGGCCAGCCAGAGAGCCCUGGCCUUCACCCUGGGGUGGUUCGCAGAUCCCAUAUUCUCUGGCACGGGCGACUAUCCCGCGGAGAUGCGUGCCGAACUCGGCGACCUGUUGCCCAAGUUCACAAAGGAACAGAGGCGUCGGAUCAACGGCAGCGCGGACUUCUUCGCCCUGAACCACUACGGCUCGAGUUGGGCCGCGAGCACCGACGAGGUGGAGAUGUCGUGGAACCCCCAGCGUGUCAACCAGUCUCACGACGGACUCAUGCGGGCGCAGUCCCCGUGGCUGUACGCGGCGCCCUGGGGGUUGCGGAAGCUCCUGAACCACGUCGAUGGCCGCUACCACCACCCAGAGAUCUACAUCACGGAGAGCGGGUGGUCUAUAGGGGCGGACAACGACACGGAAGGUGCUGAGGACCAGCAGAGGGUCGAGUACUACGCCAUGUACACGUCCGAGAUGCGGAAGGCGAUCUUUGAAGACGGCGUCGACGUUCGGGGGUAUUUUGCUUGGUCUUUCGUUGACAACUUCGAGUGGAGAGCAGGCUACGAGGAACGCUUCGGGAUCACCUUCCGCGAUUUUGGCUUCGGUGUCGACAGCAACGGGCCUAGUGAAGUCAUGUUGCAGCCCAGCGAAGGCAUUCAGGUGACCCGACGGAAGGAGUCGAGCUGCUGGCUGGAGCGGGUCUGGACCACCAACGGGCUGGUGGGCCCCGCCAAGACAGACUACGGUGGCUGCGUUGACUCCAGCGUCUUCGAGAACCGGUUCGUGGAGAUGACGCACCACUGCAGGCGGGAAAUCACCGUCGAUGCAGGCGGGCGCACGGGGCAAGUGACCGGCUUCGCUCCUGGCUCCGCCGACGGCGUUUGCCAUCGCUUGGGGGGCGACGUCGAAUGGCCCUUCCCAGGGACCGUGGCCCUCAUGGGAGGCACCAUCGUCGCCAACUACUCCGCGGCGGGCGGCUUCUCGAGGCUGGCCGGCUACUGGAGGGCCCAGCCGCCAGGCAUCCUUUGGGGCGACGGCAGCGAGUGGCUGGUGGAGGGCUCGAAGGCACUCCGAGAGUCCGAGUCUCGGGACGCCGUCUUCGUCAGGAAGCUGUAGGGGCCCGAGCGUCAAGCAGUGGCGAAGCGUCCUGGCUAGAUGCCAGGACGGUCGGUCCCUGCUCAAGAGCGGCAGUCGCGUGGACCCGGCGGCGUGGCGCCCCGGCCAGGCCGGGCGGCGCCCGCCGUGCCGCCCCUCCCGGCGGCGCAGGCUCCUGUGCGCCUGCGGUGCCGCGCAGCGCCUUUGAGACUCCGUGUCCCGAUUCGGUACGAACUGUAUGUUCAUGCCGUUUAUCUUCUUCUGUGAACACGGUCCGGCCUGUCCCCGCCUCUUGCAGCGUUCUCUUGCUCGCGGCCUUGCCGAUGACUUGGAGCCAGGGCAGUUUGCGCACAUCUUCCUGCCGAAUUCGCUGCGUGGCUCCACCUGGCCCUACGAGAAGACGGGUUGCUGGCCUCGGGGAGGCACGCGUUG